CUCUUAUCUGGCAGGACGGAGCCUGGGUGCUCUCUGCAGGAAAACGGGUGUCAGAGCAGUGGUGCGGGCACCACCGACUGUCAGACUUUUCACAAUGGAGAAUAAAGACCUGAAUAUGGAAGAACAAGACAAAAAUGCCUUGUGUGAGACUAUUCUAUUUACAAAUAUGGAAUCUAGUACCACAAACUACAAGGAUGAGAGGGAGUCUUUGCAGAUACCCAGAGCAGCAGAUGGGAAUGUCCCAGAUGAAAGUGUAUUGGUAAAAAGUGAUGGCUACCAGCUACAGAAUCCGCAAGCCACACCUAACUUGUGGAUGAAAAUAAAGAUGUUCUGUACUUGUCCUCCACAAGGACUCCUGCCUAUUAUAAUUACAAAUGUUGUCAUGACCGUCCUAGUUUGGGGAGUUGUCUGGUCCAUAACUGGUGCUGAGUGUCUGCCUGGAGGAAAUCUUUUUGGGAUUCUAGCACUGCUGUUGUGUGCUGUACUUGGUGGUAAACUUAUCGGUCUCAUCCGGAUACCAAGUCUACCUCCACUACCUCCGCUCUUGGGUAUGCUACUUGCUGGUUUUCUUAUCCGUAACAUCCCUUUUGUCACUGAGCAAGUACAGAUCAGUUAUAAAUGGUCUGCAGCUUUGAGGAAUAUUGCUUUAGCCAUCAUAUUGGCACGAGGUGGACUUGGCCUGGAUCCAAAGGCACUAAGAAAACUGAAAGCCGUGUGUUUGCGGCUUUCUCUUGGUCCCUGUGGCAUUGAGUCUUGUACAGUUGCUCUUCUUUCUUACCUGCUGAUGGGAUUGUCACUGACAUGGGGAUUUAUGAUGGGCUUUGUCUUAGGUGCAGUGUCCCCUGCUGUUGUAGUCCCUUCUAUGCUAGUUCUGCAGAAAGAAGGCUAUGGGGUGGAUAAGGGAAUCCCAACUCUGCUUAUGGCUGCUGGAAGCUUUGAUGACAUCUUGGCAAUAACUGGCUUUAAUACAUGCUUUGCGAUGGCCUUUUCCUCAGGCUCUACUCUUAACAGCAUCAUCAGAGGCGUGCUGGAAGUCGUUGUUGGCAUAGCAGCUGGGCUUAUGCUGGGGUUUUUCCUUCAUUAUUUUCCAAGCAAAGAUCAGGAGAAUAUAAAAUGGAAAAGGUCUUAUCUAAUCCUGACACUGUCCAUAUUUGCGGUAUUUGGUAGCCUGUUUUUUGGUUUCCCUGGAUCAGGAGGACUUUGUACCUUGGUGAUGGCUUUUGUAGCAGGUAUUGGAUGGUCCGGAGAAAAGGCCGUGGUGGAGGACAUAGUAGCUGUAGCGUGGAAUAUUUUCCAGCCUAUGCUGUUUUCUUUGAUUGGAGCAGAAAUAUCUGUUUCCUCCUUGCGGCCAGAAACUGUUGGGUUGUGUGUCGCCACACUUGGCAUUGCCUUGAUAGUACGAAUAGGCUUCACUUUCUUGAUGGUGUGUUGGGCAGGUUUCAACAUGAAAGAAAAACUGUUUAUUUCUUUGGCAUGGAUGCCCAAAGCCACAGUUCAGGCUGCUAUUGGCUCGGUAGCCUUGGACAUGGCAAGAAGCAUCGGAAAUACAGACUUGGAAGCCUAUGGCAUGGAUGUGCUCACUGUAGCUUUUCUAGCAAUAUUAAUCACAGCCCCCAUAGGAGCUCUAAUCAUUGGCUUAACAGGACCAAAAAUGCUUCAUAGAUCACAUACAGAUUUGAAUCACGAAACUUCUGAUGGGACGGAGACCAGGACAGAGAUGCAUAGCCUGCUGUGAGACUACCUCCCACUCUGUGCUGGUCACUGGAGAUUAGAAGGGAAAUUACUCUUUUUUUUUCUGAAAGCAAUCCUGCAGUUCACGGAAAUACAAUAGAAACAGUCAUUUAUUUGUAGCAUUAUAGAAAGUUAAUUUAAUGAACAUGAAGAAUAAAUGUCUUCUAGUCUGAAAAGUUUCACCUGACGGUCAGAAUCCGACGGUAAGUACUGGGAAGGGUUAGGCUGCGGGAGGGGUAGGUUAGAGGUAAGGUUACAAUCCUUACCUGGAUCCAUCGGUAUGGUGACUGCCAGGAUUUCUAUACCAUCUUGUUUACAGACCUGAUCCAUGUAAGAAAUGUACUUACAAAUACAGAACUUGCCUGGUGCAAAGUUUACUACGCUUUUUAGGUGCUGUACUAAUAAAUGUUUAUCUAAAAACAGAGAAAUCUAUUCAGUGUGUGCACUUGUGUAAUUGUCCAUUGCAGCAAUAGCAAAACAAAUAUCCCUGGGUUAAAUUGUCCCCAUGAUUGACCCUGUUUUGGUUCUUCCUCAACUGAAGCAGAUCUUGAGCCAUUCUAUUAUUACUAUUACUUGGGACAUUCACAAUCAGCAUUCAGUGUACUGUGCAGGCAGGAGGUUCUCUGUAGUCUGACAAUGUGCAGCACUUGCAUAUUUCAUAGAUGUUCAUAUGGACAUUACUAUUUAUGUUUAGAAGUAGGCCUGUCACAUACACACAGUGGAGGAGGACAUGAUGUGGCCUGCACCAAUAUUCAUAAAAAUACAUACUAUCAAUGGAAUCCCGGCAGGGAUUAGGGUUAGGCACCACUGGGGAGGUAUAGGGUUGGGGGGGGUUAUGGGCCCUACAGACACAGCGAUAUGACGCCGAGCUGCCCGGCGGCCGAUACGGCAGACGGGCAACCCGGCAGCGGGGGGGGCAGUGAUGGGAGGAGUGAAGUUUCUUCACUCCCCCCAUCACCCGGCUCCGUAGAAGUGCAGGUAAAUAUGGACGAUCUCGUCCAUAUUGGCCUGCAUGCGCAGCCGACGGGGCACCAGUGAUGAACGAGUGCGGGGCCGCGCAUCGUUCAUCGCUGGUGCCUCCACACUGAAAGAUAUGAACGUUAUCUCGUUCAUUAAUGAACGAGAUCGUUCAUAUCUUGCAGUGUUAUCGCCAAGUGUGUAGGGCGCAUUAGAGAUAGAAUACAUACCUACUAAGUGUCGGGAUACCUCUGUCGGUAUUAUAACUGCCGGGAUCCCGAUAUCAUCCCAUUUCUUUAUUAUGCAUUGUUGAGAUGACUAAGGCAUGAGGCACAGUGGUGUGUUUUGACGGGUGCAUUUUCACGUAGUAUUAUUCUGUGCUGCUGUAGGAAUUGCGGCUCACCCUUCUCUUACAUACAAAAGUAUAGGCGCUGCUCUUUGUUGUGUGUAACAGUGUAUGUGGAGUGGGUUUAUAGAUCCAUUUAUUUGCAUGGCACCCUAGAGCUUUGUGAAUGAGUCAUAAAGUGGAAUUAUCACUGAUAUAUACCGUGAAAGUAGCCAUUGUAGUUGCAAAAUACAUGCCUCCUCUGCAGAGGUGGAGCGGACUGAUGAAGCCCUGCUGUUAUCUUCCUAUACCCGAUUACUGACCCCGGAAUCAAAAUGCCACCUUCAUUCACCCCCCUCCUCUGUGUCUUUUCUUCAUCCCUCCCCUCCCCCUUUUUGUGUCCGUAUUUCUUGUUAUGUUGAAAGACUCCACUCAUGCUAUGAUUGUACUCAUGGAUUCUUUUAUUGAUGUUACGGUUUUGGUACAUUUGUGACUGCAAAUAAAUAUUGAUAAUAAAAAAACUACCUACCUCCAUUAUGUGAACGUAACAGGACUACUUAAACUGUUAUAAAAUGUUCUUAUGACUUU